AUGUCCUCCUCAAGCUCCUGUCCAGGUCUCCAAUCAUGCCUAGAGCCGGUCUCCCUUGUAGAACCACGUGUUUUGAGGAUCAAAUUGGCUCCAUCCAAAUCCAAUGAUUCUCGCUCCUCAACAAGUGGCAAGCCUUUCGUCACUGACUCAGACAAAAUUGCUGACAUGGGCGGCUGGAGUUUCCUCCAGUCUAUUGCUAACAGUACCUCUCAGACCACCAAAGAGAACGACAAAGUCUACGUCCCUCCGAAUUUUAAGCGCUCUUCUUCUAUGCUCAGCGAAAAGAGCCUGGAAAUGUGUACCGAAAGCUUGGGGAGCGAAACUGGCAGCGAGAUGAGAGAAAACAGCGACGACGUGGCUGUCCUUCCAUUAGAAAAUGUGAAUUAUGAGACCAGAGAAGCACCAAAAUCGCGCGAAGGAAGAAGAACGAGUCGAAGUGUUAGCUUCCCACCUCCUUUGAGCUCGAUUAGUGGCUCCAACAAUGUCCGAGUGAGGCCCCACCGAGAAGGUGGAAGGCUAGUCCUGGAAGCAGUGACCAUCUCUUCUUGCCAGGUUUAUUUACAUGCAGAGAGAACCGAUGGCCGGCUCCGGCUACAUUUGAUGAAUCACUGCUCUUCUAAUAACUUUGACAAUGAAGAGGAAGAAGCAGAGUCUGGUGAGGAAAUUGUAGUUGAAGAAGACGGUGAUGAUGAUCAAAGUGGAGAUAAUGAAGCUGAGGGUGGUGUUGGUAUUUGGGGAGAGGAGUUGGAGGGAAGUAGUGUAAAUACUGGUGGUGAAAUGGGGAUGGGGAACUUGGCUAGACCAAGAAGGUGCAAGGAAGGUGGGAGCAGCAGCAAAAGCUUGCUUAAUUGGGAGCCAUUUUGGGUGGCUACUUGA